GGGGGACGCCGCGGCAGCUUUGCCCUUGUUCCCAGAGGCGGCGACGGCAGUGGCAGUGGCAACAGCGUUCCGGCCAUAGAGGACGCAAUGGGCAUAUGAGCUCCCAUCCCCGCCUGCUGCACCCCAUGGACUGCCAGGGACCCGGGAGCAGCGUCGCUCCCUCCCGGGGUUUUGUGGCUCGCCUCUGGCAACAUCCGCUGCCUGCUGCCGCUAGAGCCUAAGUCUCUCUUUGCAACCCUACCCCCCCACCCCCUUCUUUCCCUCCGUCCUUCUCUCUUCACCCCUUUGCCCAGCAAGUAGGAGCCUGAGCCCCUCCUGCGCGUCCGCCACCCUGCCCUGCACCCGAAGCAUCCUUCCUUCUCUUUCCUCUCCCUUCCACUCUCCCGGUGACCGCGGGCAUCGUCUCCCGCUGCCUCCCAUGCUGCAUCCAGUCCCGGGCAGCGCCCCAGUGGCCGCAGCUUGGAGCUUGGUGACCUCAGCCAGGCGCUCAGUCUGGCCCCCUUCACGCUGCCUGAGCCCUACCAGUUGAGUUUGGGGCAAGGGACUUGUAUAGGAGAAGCUCUGGAAUGGCAUCAGUGGGGGAGCCUGGCACCGUGAAGUCACCAACCUCCCGCUAGCAAAGGAAGGGUGGAAACAAGAAAGGGUCUUCUCUAAACUGCCUUAUCUCCUCCUCUGCCCUAUCACCCUCCCCCAUUACUUCCCUCCUUCCUCUUCAAAAAAAAAAAAGAAAAAAAAAAUAACUGGAAUUCCCACCGCCGUGGUUUGUUGCUGUCUUGGGAGGGGUGAAGAGGCAGCGAGCGGUGGUACCGGAGACAAAGACCAUUUUGUAAAGGUAGUUGGACCGGGUGGGAUGCGUGUUUGCCCGUCCCUCGCCCCUUGUGGCGCCCACUUCCCUGCGUGGUACAGCCGUGUGCCCUCUCUUUGCUAUCGAGCCCCAAAGGGAAAUAGGCAGUCCCCCCCCCCACCUCUCCCCCGCCUCUCUCGGCCCUUCCUCCCCCCAGUCCAGUCUUCUUCGGAAAAGGCUGCCAACAGAUCGUCUGUUCCUGAAGCCGACUGGUCCAUAAGAGCCUUGGUCCCUCCGGCUAAUGUCGUCUUGUGUGCCUUGUAGAGGAAUUUGUUCUUCCUGAAGCUGGAAGUGAGGGGCACUAAGUCAGUGCGCACGGAUGUGCCUUGCCCUCUCCUUUUGAAGCUGAUCUGAGCUGUCAGGCUUCUGGCCCGUUAGACUUUUCUUUAACCCCAGGCUUCUGUCAUUGUUCUUCCAGAGAGCUUCGGGCUGCACAGACUGUCUGUGUUUGUGUGCAGGCCUCUUAGGCUAUGUUUUCUUUACCCGCCUCUGUUUUCUUUUUAACAAAUCCAAGUAUUACGGCAAGGUUGAUCGCAGACAACCAAGAACCUUUCUGCCCCCGGAGUGUACCCUGAUAUUGCACUGAUUCUUUCUUUUUUUUAAAUUAUUGUUUCAUUAUAAAUGAACCACACCCUGAUUUCUUAAAGGGGCCCUACACUCUGGUGGGUCAUGUGUUGUCUCUUUGGCAGUGAGUGAGUCAAUUCAGUCAGUAGUUUCCUGUGAGCUGCCUAAUUUUCCUUUUUCCGGAAAAAAAAAAUUUUUUUUGAAGAGUUUGGGAUGCCUGGGGGGAAAAAGGUGGGCCCUAGUGGCAGUGGUGCCACUGCUGCCCCUGGGGUCAGGAGAUCUGAAACCAGUGAAGGGGCCUCAGCACAGAGGGAAGAAGAGCAAGAGGAAGAAGGGGAUGAAGACCUUCGAGAUGGAGGUGUCCCCUUCUUUGUUAACCGGGGUGGGCUGCCUGUGGAUGAGGCCACCUGGGAGAGGAUGUGGAGACAUGUGGCCAAGAUUCACCCUGAUGGAGAGAAGGUGGCACAGAGGAUCCGUGGGGCCACAGACCUGCCCAAGACUCCCAUACCAAGUGUGCCUACAUUCCAGCCGUCCACAUCUAUCCCUGAGCGCCUGGAAGCCAUACAGCGUUAUAUCAGGGAGCUGCAGUACAAUCAUACAGGAACACAGUUCUUUGAAAUUAAGAAGAGCAGACCUCUGACUGGGCUGAUGGACCUGGCUAAGGAGAUGACCAAAGAGGCUCUGCCAAUCAAAUGCCUAGAAGCUGUGAUCCUGGGAAUUUACCUCACCAACAGCAUGCCCACACUGGAGCGGUUCCCCAUCAGCUUCAAAACCCACUUCUCAGGGAAUUACUUCCGGCAUAUCGUGCUGGGGGUGAACUUUGGGGGUCGCUAUGGAGCGCUAGGCAUGAGCCGCCGUGAGGACCUCAUGUACAAGCCUCCCACUUUCCGCACACUCAGUGAGCUGGUCCUGGAUUAUGAGGCUGCCUACCAACGCUGUUGGCAUGUCCUGAAGAAGGUGAAGCUUGGUCAGUGUGUCUCUCACGAUCCCCAUAGCGUGGAGCAGAUUGAGUGGAAACACUCUAUCCUGGAUGUGGAGAAGCUUGGGCGAGAGGACUUCCGGAAGGAGCUAGAGCGGCAUGCCCGGGAUAUGAGGCUGAAGAUCAGCAAGGGGACCGGCCCACCCUCUCCUACCAAGGAUCGGAAAAAGGAUGUAUCUUCCCCACAGCGGGGCCAGUCCAGUCCACAUCGCCGCAACAGCCGAGGAGAGAGACGACCAUCUGGUGAAAAGAAGCCCACUGAACCCAAAGCCAUGCCAGACCUCAAUGGGUACCAAAUCCGAGUGUGAGGUGGGUGGUGAUGCUACCACUCGCUCCACAGACUUCCCACCACCCCCUCUGCCACAGGACCAAGUGCCACCCACCGUGAGCCUUGAUUGAGGGGAGGUGUGGGUUGAGGGGACAGCAGGAGGAGCCCAGAGCUCUCCUUCAUCUGACAACGCCGAUCCCCUCAGGCAGAACAUGGGUCUCACCCAGAAUUUGCGGAAGAGGCAUAUUGACCCCAAGGGAAAGAGGAAGAGGAGGCAGGAUGUUCCCAGAGAUGUGUUGAUACAUCCCAUAAAGCAACGUGUUGAACAGGUCACAGCUGUCUGAGGGCAAGUGGUGUCCCAGAGAUAACUGGCUGUGACCACAUAGCCCCCAUGGGAAGCACUACCAGGGCUAGACAAUGCCCACAGGUCCAGCAUAAAGACUGGAGCAGCUCCUUAGGCGCUGCACCAGAGAAGCAUAAUGUCACCAGAGAUAAGGAGAAGGAGCCCUCCCCUACAUAGCCCCGGCAGCUGUUGCCUCCCUGUGGCUGUCCACCCAUGGGUCUCUCUGCAGCAGGGUUUGGACUUCUUUGGAGCCCUGGGGACCUGGUUGUGGAGUCCCUUUGGGCUGGACAUAGAUGAGCACACAGAGUAGCACAGACCAAGAAGAAAGUAGCCACGGGAGGCAAGCAUCAUAACUCAUGAUAGAUGGGACGUCAUGGAAGGUGAAGUCUCAUCUCAGUUCUGGUCUUCCUCCCUUUCCUUGGACUGGAGCCGAAUUUUCCUCCUCUUCCCCGUCCUAGAGCAUCGAUAAAAUUUUUGGUCUCCCUUCCUCAGGCUUAGAAUUAGGGACUGGGGAUGAGCAUGCCUAGAGUUGAUUGCUCUUCUCUCUUUCACCAGCUAAAUGUAGUGGUUUUGGUGACAGUGAUCGUAGCUGUGUGUAAUAGGGAGGAACCCCCUGCCAUCAGAUGGGAUUUUCAGCAGCCACCCCCCCAGUCCCAGUGAGAAAGAAGGUCUAUGUUGGAAUAAUCCCUGAGCUCUGCCCAUCGGGCAUCGAGUACAUUUCUAAAAGAAUGUACUAACCCAGGUCUGAGACACUGAGAGAGUCAGGACACCCUUGGGCGGGGACAUCCAUUUGGCAUGAACGGAGAGUCAGCAAAAGUGGACAAGGAGGCCCAACCAGACAUGUAAGAGGACAGAGAGCUGUUUCAGUUGCGUGAACCCCAGGGAUGAGUAGGAAAAAGCAAAGUAGUUCAGAAGGUUAGGGGUUAGUGGGAGAAGGCAGUGGGACACUGAGAAGGGCAGAACAUAGUGGUAGAAGGCAGAAGGAUAUUGCGAGGUCAAGGGUUAGUGGGAGGAAGUAAUAGGACAUUGAGCCUAGUAGCAGGAGAUAGAGAGAAUCUUGGUGAUAGGCCUGGGAGAAGGAACCCAAGACUCAUACAGCAAGAAAACUGCAGGACAAGGCCCCAUUACAGCAGUAGAGUUGUGAGGAGGUGAGGGGGCCAGUCUAAAGGGCUCGAUUGCAAAGUUCUGUUAGUUGUUAUAAGGCUACAAGGAAGGACUGAAGGAUGGAGCAGAAUACUGGGUAUGUUGAAGAAGAGUGGAGGGGGGGUGGGGGGCGAUGGCUGUACUCAGAUAAAGGACCUGGAAUAAGCAUGAGCCAAAAGGAAAGUGAGGGCAGAUCAAGUUCGAGGUGAUGCUUUGGGGGAAAAAAAGAGAAAAUACAAAAUCCAUAAAUUUCAGAAAGAGUACAUGUCAUUCAUGCUACUGAAUUCAAAAGAAAACGGAUGUUAGGAUGAGAGGUGCGGAUAGGAGGAUGGGAACGGACAGUUGUUUAUCCUGCUCCCUUCACCCUGUCAGGCAAAAAGUGGUUGCUGUGUCAUUGGAAGGGGGCAGGGGAUGGAGCAGAAAUGGAUAUAGGGCAGAGUUCAGCCAUGGAAGAACUGAUAAGGCCUAAAAAGGAAAACCAGCCUCAGGCCCAGGAAGAGGGUGAAGACAGAGAAAACAAACUUAGUGCUGAGCAGGACGCCCACCCCGUCAUUCCACCCACGGGGGCAGGCACCAAAGUGAGCCGAUGUGUCAGAAGUUAUCCCUGGUAUCAGCUGCUGCUGGUACAUGGGUAUGGAAGGGAGGUGUUAGGCCCAAGAGGGAACAGUUGGGGCAGCUAGGUGGCGCAGUGGAUAGAGCACCGGCCCUGGAUUCAGGAGGACCUGAGUUCAAAUCCGGCCUCAGACAUUUGACACUUACUAGCUGUGUGACGCUGGGCAAGUCACUUAACCCCAAUUGCCUCACCAAAAAAAAAAAAAGAGGGAACAGUUGUCUUUCUCAGCAGCUGUCAAACCCCAGAGAUUGCCAAGAGGCUUUGGGAUAACAGUUGGUCCAUCUGACUUGAAGACAGCAACCCCAAGUUUGGCUUACGAGACCAAAGGGCCAGCCAUCUACUUCACCACCUAUAGCCAAAUGCAGCCUCAGGAGCUGGGGUAGAAGGUGGGCAGGAAGGUAGCUCGUCCAACUCUAGGCUCAGGAGCUCACCCUCAGACUAAUGGGCAGCCCUGUUUCCUUCCUCUGCCAGCCAUAUACCCAAGGAAGGAACCUGAGGAUGUGUCUAUAUUAAUUUAACAAGCAGGAAUCUUACUUCACAACACUGAGAAGGGACUUCCUCUUCCCCACCCCCACCCCCACUACUCACCAUUCCCCAGUGAUUCCCCAAACAGUUGGAUAAUGAGGGUCAUAAUGAUGUGUAUAAUUACUGAAAAAAAUAACUCCCUUUGGCAGCAUGAGCCAUAAGACUGAAAACACAUAAUUCAAUCCAUGGGUACAGUGGGGCCCUUAAUGUUUGGCCUACACUCUCCUCUCAUAAAGAAGAGGUAUGAGGUGGUAACUUGAGCAUGGGAGGUGCCCUGUGAAAUGGACCACUGGCCAGGCCGGGUGGCACCAGAGCUCAGAGAAAACACUCAUACCCCUUUCUUAUAACCCAAACCCGUAAGAGUGGGAUCUCCUAGCUCUGAGAGGGGGAAAAAGGAGUGAAACCCUGGCCUCUUCCUGUUAAAACUAAGAGCAGAGCAGCUGCUUAGCCUUUCCUGUUGGUGAUUUCCCCAGACUAUUCUCUAGGGCUUGGGGCAAUGUAAGGAAAAUCAUGUAAAAAACAAAACAAAACCCACUGGUGCUUUUUAUUUAUUUUAAAAAUAUUUUUAUAUGUAGCAAUCCCACCUCCCUUCCCUCCCCCACUAUGUUUACACUUUGUUCCCUGGGGAGGGUGGGAGAGAAGGACUAAGUAGAUCUCUAGAAUCUAAGUAGAAAAGGAAGAAGCUUUGAUUUUUAGCCUCCCAGUAAGGGGAAGGCAUCCACCCCAGCCCAGUGUUUGCUUGGAGCUAGUGGGAGGAGAGACAGUGUCUACACUCUUGCCUUUUCCUUCCAAUAUCAAUGUCAUUGAGUUCCCCUCUGACUCUACUGUCUCUGGAAGCUCCUGGUCCCAGUCCUACAGAACAGAUAGGGAGGGAUUUCCCCUCCCCCUCCCCCUAUGAGUCAUCAGCCUACAUGGCCAUCACCACCAUGUUUGUGAUUUUUCUAACCAUAUACCAUGAUCUCCAUGACUCCACCAGGGUAUGAUAAGGAAAAGUAUGGGUGUGAAAGAAGGCAUCAACAUCACCCAGUCUGUUUUACCUUAGCCAUCUUUGCUAGAAGUUAUUCCCCGUGGGGUCACAACAUAGGUGAGAUCAAUUGUCAUAAAGAAUGAAGGGGGGGGCAACUAGGUGGCGCAGUGGAUAGAGCACCGGCCCUGGAUUCAGGAGGACCUGAGUUCAAAUCCGGCCUCAGACACUUAACACUUACUAGCUGUGUGACCCUGGGCAAGUCACUUAACCCCAAUUGCCUCAAUUAAAAAAAAAAAAAAAAGAAUGAAGGGGGAUGGUAUAAAUCACCAGAGACCCUGUCAAGUUGUCCUGACAGGCUAGCAGAGGCCUGGUAUUCCUGGGUUCUCAAGAGCAGAAAGAGUCAUGCAGUAAUUGGUUGAUAGUUUAGAGGGCUUCCUAUAGUUUCAAAUUCUCCUGCUCCAGACCUAACACUUUCAGUGACUCCAGGUUAAAUCCUGGCUGGUGUGUACCUAUGCUUUUGAGCACCUGUGCAUUCACUCCCGUGAAUCUUACAGAUACAGCUCUGGCUGACUGGACCGGCAGGCACCUGUGGGCUUUUGGUCUUGUCUUCUCAGCAGCAAUACCAGAACCUAAACGUUCCACACCAUUGCUUUAGUGCCCCUCGCCCCACUCUGCCCCAUACAUAGUGGCUGCCAGCAAGUAAUGUGUGCUUGGGAAGAGAGGGGUAGGGAUGGGGCAGGGAUCGGCCUCCUUCCAUCCCUGACAGUCUGUGAAUUCCAUGGUGUGCCAUAGCCUAUGCCAAUUGAAGCCCCUGAUUCCCUCUCGCCAUCUUCCUCAGCCCCACUGAAAAGCCAAGGUCAAAGGGAGAAGGGAAUGGCCUGUUCUGAAAGUGUCAAGAAAUUGACAGAGAGCACCUAACCCUGAAAUCCCCUGACCCCUUCCCCUUGCAUCUCUGUGGUGCCAUCUGGUUGGUUCUCUCUCCAUCUCACCAUUUCCAUUUGUGGGGUAGGCUCUGAUAUGGUGCUAGUCCCAUGCCAACCAGUAUUGGCCCCCUCGAAGUUACUUCCAGGUACUCUGGAUUCACUUGUUUCCCUUAAAUCAUGAAGUGUGAAAAGGUUGGAAGACGAGCUCAGGCCUGCCUGACCUUGGGGACAAAAUGAUGGAAUCUCUCUCUCUCUCUCUCUCUCUCUCCCCCUUGUGUUUUGUAUCUGGCUAUGUACCAUAUGUAGAAUGAGUUCUCUCUGAUCCCCUGUAUUUCCAUCCUGUCAUAUCAGUAUUCAAAGUCCUUUCACUCUUAUGCUUUACCUCACUCUUGUCUUCACUUUUACACAAUUAAUAAAGUCUCCCCUGCUCCUAUUGUCUGGACAGGGCAGAAACCCAGAUCUAACGACCUUGGCACUUUUUCUUUCAGAAUCUGCUGAGUCUCCAGCCUUAGCUAUGAACUCUGUACCACUCCCCCCAUCAACUCUGUCUCAGAGGAGGGAGAGGGUAGGAGGAAACACAGCUGUUUACGGAAGUGAAGAGGAAGGUGGGGAAGCCAGUGGCAUAGGAUCAAAAUCUUCCAACUCUGGAUGCUGAAGAUUUCAACUUAAAUUCAGUGUCCUUCAGCCUUCCUCAGACAUCCUGUACUUUUCAACCCUCAUAUGUUCAUAGAUCUGCUACUCCGCCCAGAAACAUUUCUCUUUCUCUCCUGUGCACAGCCUGGCGGGUUCUGAUGAAUCUUCCCACGCCCAAGUAGGAAAGAGCAGGGUUGAGGGAGACCAGGGGUUUGUCUGUUGGACCUGCUCUCUGGGAUACAUUCCAGAACUCAA